UGGAGAUUGUUUCACCCGCCUUUCGGUGGUCAGCUAUGACUCUCAAAGAACCGUUGCUUCCUUCUUCUAGCCUUGCCCAGGGCAAAAUGAGCAGAAAUUCCUCCAAGCAAAAAGAAGCUUCGAAGUUGGACCUGGAGCUACCAUCUUGGUCGUAUGGAAUUGUCAUCGUUUCAAUUUAUGUUAUUCCGUUGGUAUGUGCGAUAGUCUGGUUGGACUUUAUCCCACUAAACUUUAAAACAUCUGAUCAGCCUGAAGGCGAUAAAGUGCGACGCCUAGUCAACAUGGGCUUCUGCCUUGGUCUUCUUCAUGUCAGUGGCAUUGGAUUCUCUUUCCUAGUGGCUGACAUGGCCAUUAGUUUGUUCUUGCCUGAAAUUCUCAAGCUGGUUUUGGGUGGUGAUGGAGAGAAGAAAAAAAUUGCAACUCCAGCUUGGUUCCCUAGUAUAUCUCCUGCUGCUGCCGGACGUUGCUUAUUCUAUUUGUUGGGUGCUGUAUUGUUUUGGCAGAUUAAUAUUUACUUGCGCAAGACUCUUUACGAGAGCGAUUGUCCUUUUGACCAUAUCUUGUGGCCUUAUGUAAGUCCUAGCUGCUUUGGUAUAAUCAUGUUCACCCUCAUGGCCCUCACAUUCCUCCUCGUCAGGAUAAUCAGUUAUGCAAAAACCAGGGCAACUUCUCGGAAUACUUAUGUCAAGAUACCACGUUCGCCCUGAUCCACCUAGCAGCGAUGCAUCUGGUAAAAGAGAAAGAAAAGUGAACUAGCUAUACAACUUUCCAUGUUCUUUAGGAACUAUU